GUCAAUUAGACAGUUGUGUACAGUACCUACCUAUAUUACUUACUUCAUGUCAAAGAAUAUAGUACUCUCUAACGAGAACUCCAUGUAAGUAAAUUGUAGUGUACUGCUUUGGUGAACACAGAAAGUUGUCGGUUAUAAUUAUUUCAUCUAAAGUAAAUGUAAGCAAGAUCCAUCAACAUGAUUAUAUUUACUGGGAACAGUCUAAAUGAGAGACAUCGAGAGCUGAACUCAAAAGUGAAUCAAGCAGUAACAAAUGGUGUGUCAUUUGAUAAUGUCAAAUUACAAAAUGAGAAGACUGACAUUGACAGACUGUUUAAAAUAGACUUGGCAAACAAGAAAAAAAACAUAGACUACAUUAUCGAGACCCUCAAGUGCGGAGACAGCGUGUAUAUCACCAGAGCAUUAAAAUGUCAAUGGCUUUAUCAACAAGAGUAUGCCCACAUUAUCAAUCCAGAUUACCUGGAACAGUAUGUCUUUCCAGAAAUGCCAUUUAAGAUGAGAAGGAAAUUUUUAAAGUUGAUAUCCCAGCACAUGACGGACAGUGAUCGAGCAGCUCUGUUCUGCUCUUACUGUAUAAAAAUGAAAUUACCGGAAAUAGCUCUCAAGUUUCUGUGGUAUUCUCCAGAAUCAAAGAAAGUAGAGGUGAUUAAAGGCCACCAUAUAUUUAUCUCUGUCAAAGAUAUGGUAAACAUUAUUGGCGAUUCAUUCACUUUAGCUACAACUGUAUUAGAUGAAGUAAACAAAUACGAGGUUUGUAAUUUUCUAAAACUGUUGAGCUACCUGUAUUCUGUGUCGGAUGUUAAAUAUCUGGAUCUCGUUGAGAAAUAUAUGUUUAAACAUGAAUUAACUUGGCCAUCGAAUCAAAGGUUUGGAUUGCGACUUUCUAAACAUAUAAUGAACAACCACAAAAACAGGCUGUUUUGCCACACAAAACUGUACCUAAGCAUGCUGAAUAGAAAAAUGCUAGUAAAAUGUAGCACAGCUGACGAUGUAAAAAAAUAUGUUACAAAUCUAUAUUUUUACACAUUCUGGGACUUUUAUAGGGAAUAUGAGUUUAUACUAGAGGUAAUUCCGCUAGAAACACGGCUACAAUACCUAAAAGAGGUUUUCACUAAGCACUACCCAGGACAAGAAUUUGAAAUGAGUAUGAAUUUUUAUUAUGCUGGUUUAUACAAAUUAAUGACAAAUGCAGAGAGAGAAGCUUGGGCCCUGGAACAUGUAAAGUCUGGUCUUGAGCAUUUUGGUCAUGGUCAAGAUUUUAAAUGGUACGAGUUUGUAUCGUUUGACAAAGCAUUUGAGCCUCUCAAAAAAUACAUAUUAAUUGCUGCUAAUGCUGACCUCAGGAUCGAUAUUGUCAAUGUGCUAGUCAUCAGCGCACAGUCAGACCGCGAAUUAGAAAAGUUGUUUAAUUAUUACUAUCAGAGAUUCGUUAACGAAAUGAUAAGUAAUAAAGAAAAGUUUAUUGACAAAGUAUUAAGUAUCCAUAGCUACCAUAAAUUCGAUGAGAAUUGCUGGCAGGCAUUUAAUAAAAUAUUACACAGCAUGGAUGUCUACGAUAAUAAGAAUGCCUAUAGCUGCAGAGCAGAAUAUAAGUUAGUCGCAAUAGUUUACGCUAUCAUUCACAAAAUAGAACUACAUGACGCUCUAAAGCAACACAUUGAUGAUGGAUUGAAUUUGUACUUAUUUAAACAGCUAACUGACAAAUUGACUGCAGAGGAUGUUGAGAUUGUCUAUAAUUACAUAAUUAAUUACUAUUUAAAGAAAAUAAAUGAGUUCAAUGUUGAAAACUAUGAUGAACACACUAAAUUUGGUGUUAGAAAAUAUAUACAUAGUCUAUUGGAACUAAUGAUUCGAUAUGAUAAGCCUAAAAAAGAUAUUCCAGAUAUAGUCAUGAAAUUCGUCGCACUAGACCGCGAGGAAUACAAGUAUAACGGUUUUUUUAGGGAAGAAGAAAUCCCCUUCACACAAUUUGUCCUGGUGAAAGAUUUAAAAAAAGAUGCAUCUAUAGUAGUAUCAAAAUUACAUUACUCAACAAAAAUCUUGAAAACAGAACGAGAUUCAAUCUUACUUAUCUGCUCAGAAAGUUAAAGAUUUACUUUUCUACCGAUAUUGCACUAAAUUUUGUAGAAUUAUUCAAUAAAAUACUAUCUACAGGUGAAUUAUGUGAAAUAACUUACGAUGCUGCCGUUUACGGAAUAUUUAAUCUAGCAGAGUAUGCAGAUAGAGUUGGAUUGGUUUCCAAAUAUGUUCCAACUGAAUCAAAAAUAGACCAUGUUGAGAUUGAACGGAAAAUACUGUACAUCAGGAAAGCUAUAUGUAAAUUUGUAUGUUUGUCACGCCCUAUCGUUCCUUUAUCAGAAACACAGAAGUAUAUAGUAGGUGACUAUUUAAAGUUCUGUUUACCAAUGUUUCAAUCAUAUGCAGCUAAUUUACAACCUGCUGUAUUAAAGGAAUUUGUCAAUUUCUUACUAAACUCGCCAACGUCCAUUCAAAAACACGGCAUACGCUUAGCGUUCCGGUCUUUCAGCAUUCUUGAUUUAAAAAUAACAAUGGUGGGUAUUUGGAAGAAAACAAAAAAUGUAUCAUUAAGGUUGGUAAUGUACCAGCACAUCUACCAAAAAAUUGUAAAUGAUUUGAAAAACGAACUAUAUGACACUCUCAAAGUGUUUACUUUGGAUGUUCGUGAAGAUGACGAUGACCAAUUGUUCAUAGAAAUGACAAAAACACAGCUUCCAAGUCAUCUCUUAGGCGAUCAUAUUUUAUGUACGUGGCAGGUAUUGAAUACAUUACCUGAUAAAAAGAUCUUGAUUAACCGCAAGGCUGCAGUACUGAGGAACAUGGCAGAUCAUCUUGAAUUAAUGCAGCAAGAUGUGGUUGAAUCAAUUGUAUGCGAGCAUAUUACAAUUAUGUUAAAACAGGGACAAUUGAAAGUGGAAAA